AUGUUGCUAGCAGUGGGCCAAAUACCAACUUCGAAGAAAUCCUUCUGCGAUCUUAAUGGAAGCAACGAGGAGGCCCUGCGCAAAGAAAUUGAUCGAGUUGACUGCUCGCCCUUUACCGAGGAAGUGGAACGAGCUCCGCCGCCAAAGCGGUUCACAACGCCAUCCAUCACUCUGUUCAAGGGAGACUCUGACCCUGAGAGCCAUUUGAGGCACUUCAAGAGUGCCAUGAUCCUGUACAAGGCAGACGACGCCCUGAUGUGCAAAGUGUUCACGAUGACUCUGCGAGCGAUAGGCAACUUCAAGGAGUUUGCCCUCAUCUUCACAAAAGAGUACACCUCCUAUAGGACGGUCAAAAAGCAUGCAGACCACCUGUUCAACCUGCACAAGAAACCAGAUGAGUCUCUUCGAGACUACCUCAGACGGUUCAAGGCUGAGAAGGCGAACAUCAUAGGAUGCAAUGACCAAGUUGCAUCCUCAGCUUUUAAGAAAGGCUUGCCAACCGAACAUGAGCUAUACCGUGAGCUGGCCAUAACUCCAAGCCAAACCUUGGCAGAGGUCUUCACGACGGCAGAGCGCUACGCACUUUGGGACGACGAUCGUAUUGCGGCAAAUAAAGCCGGCAAGCAAGCUAAUCACCCGACAAAGCAAGCAAGCCAAAAAAGCGACAAGUUCGAGCACAAAGCCCGAGACAAGCGCAAAUCGCGACCCCAAGAGGGAGGCUCAGAAACAGGAACCUUCACUGAGUUCACUAUCCCGAUCCCCCAGAUCCUGAAGGCCAUCCAGCAGAUCGAGGAUCGUGAUGCGACUGCCAAGGAACCUCCCCAAAAGGUCAUACGGAUCAACACCAUUCUAGCUGACUCCCAGGAGUCCGGGCUGACCACCAAGGAGCGCAAGAGGAAGAUCGCGUAG